AUGGAACAAAAAGAUAACAUCAAAGGAGAGUCCUGAAUCUCAAUAAAAGAAAUAAUUAAAGCUGCUGAUUUGCAGUCAGUAUACCGACAAAGGAGCAGAAGUUCUAGUGAUAGUUCAGAUUUAUCUAUUCCCUCAGAAGACCCGAAUAUCACAAUAGAUUGAACAAGAAAUAGCUUUGGAAUUAAUGGCGAAAACUCUUAUGGGAAAAAAGACCCUGGAGAUAUUUUUGUUGGAAAUACGUUGAAUUGUAACACAAAUGGGACAUUUCGAUAUUCUACUUGUACUAACGAUGAUAUUUGGACUUUAGGGAAUUCUUAUAACAGAAAUAUAGAAAGCCUUAAAGAAAAACUUGCAAAAGGCAACGAAUUGUACACAAUGGCUACAAAUGAAAUACUUAAACUCAAGAAAUAUAACAAAAAUCUCCAAGAAGAUUACAAAAAACAAAUGGUUUAUAUGAAAGAGCAAUAUGAAAAUUACUUGGUAAAUGAAAAGGAAAAAAUGGAAAAAGAGUUUAACAAUAAAAUAGGACAAAUAAAAUCAAUACAUAGGGAAGAAAUACAUAAGACAGGCCAAAAAUGAGAAGAAUUAACAAAGAAGUUAAAAAAUAUAUAUGACUUGGAAAUAGAAGGAAAAGACUCAUUGAUAAAAAAAUUGUCUGACAAACUCUUAAAAAAUAAAGAAAUGAGGGAUCAAGAGUGAUGCCACGAAGAAUGCAAUAAGAAGAUAUGCAAAUAUAAAAAAAAUCAAAAAAUUAUUCAGACACUUAAUUACCAGCUAGAUGAACAAAAGCUCAUCAUCGAGUCCCAAAAACGAAUUAUUGAAGGAUUAAAUUCUGAUUUAUUCAGACUUAGCACGAAAACUCAUAAAUCCAUGCAAAAUGAAGCGUCUUAUCAAAAUUCAGACUUAAUUUCAUUUUUCAGCAAGCUAAACAACAUAUUAGAAACUGCUGACAAUUUAAAAACAUCAGAUAGCUCUCCGAAGUCCUACAAGUGUAAUUAUUAA